AUGGCUGAGAGCUCAACUUCUCCAUACACGACCUGGGAAUCAACGGCCGACCAUGAAAUAACGCCAGAACUUGUAUUCAGUUUAUUGAGCCCCAUCCCCGACGAUGUCUGGACCGCAGCCGCCUGUGUCGACCGCACCUUGGACGAUACCACCUCACAACAGUCCCUUUUAAUCCACGGAAUCGCCAGGACAGAUAAAGCUGCACAACGAUGCGCAGAAGUAAAGUCAAGACCAACAUCCGUAGACGUCCAACAAUCCCAGCACGAUAUCCUACGUCAACAUUUCCAGAGCAACCACGGCGAUGCCCAGCUCGUGCAACUGCGCUCUAUCCUCUUGCGACGUUUGGACAGGCUGAACACGUACGUGGAGAUGGAAAAGGUGUCGGCAGGAGUUGAAGAAGAGAAUGUCGUUGAGGAUGAAAUUGAGGAAUGGGAGGACGAUCCGUGGGCAGACAGCGAAACUUCAUCCACCAAGCCGACUCCAAAGACCAAGUCGGUCGCGAAGCUUCCGUUGACAUUGUCGGAAUUCCUGCUCAACGACCUCGUAACUUCAGCACAAAACCUGGCUACUCAGCAGUUCUUCGAUGCGAUCCAAUUAAUGUUCAAGAAACACAGGUCCGAGCUAUGGCCUUCGCGGUUCGCCAUUCUUGACGCCAUACCAGAACACGCCGUGCCAUCCUCUUACCGGCAUCUCCUCCCCGGACUUGACAAUGCAACCAACCUUGAACUCGUCUGGCCCCAAGAGCCUUGGAGACCAGAGCCCGACGUCUCAGAACAAUCAGAAAUUCGAAGCGUCUUGCGAGAAAUUGAAGUCGGGUUCAAUGAGCUCGUCCUUACCAACGACUUGCCAGUAAUCACAGAGCCCCUGGAGGCUGAAGCAUUGCGCAAGUGGUACUCCAAUCAGGUCGACGUUAUCAUCCAAGCGACAGGAAUUGUUGACGCCGCACUCGCCAUCGUCCAGCACGGCGCUUCCCAAGGCAUCCCAGGUCUGGACGAGCUUGGGGAAGAGCUCAGCCUUCUCUCGCGCCUCGUCUAUGACACCCCGCAGGCACAGUUUACAAACGACGACUGGACCGUAUCUCGCUGGAGGUCCAUGUCCCCAGAAUCCGUCGUCCGCGCCUACCUCGCCCAUUCGCCGCCCGAAUCACUGCCUCAAGACAUUUCUAGCCUCGUGAUGCCUUACCUCUAUGUUCUAGAAGCCAGAGCAGAAAGAGCGGGAUCACCAGACCCCGAUUUACCGAACCGCCUCCUCUACGACUACAUCCUUUCGAUUCCGCUCGAACACGCUGCCGCCGUCUUCGAAGCAUCCAAACCAACACUGCCGGCAUCGCAGCGCGUUCUGCGCGACGACGAAGAUGUAGCUCGUUUGGCACUGGCAUGCCUUUAUGGCAGCGAGAGCCUCAGCGAAUGGCCUACGAUGAGUCGGAUAUUCGAGUGCAUGCCCGCGUGGGACACUGUAGACGAGGGCGAGACUGACGAAGAAGCCGCCGAUACAACAAUUAGGGCACUCGGUAACUUUGUGGCUCCGUCUACCUCCCGUACAUCAUGCGCUCCGAAGGAUUUGUUGACCUUUUUCAAACCACUGUCCAUCCAAGCACUAUCCCGAGCACUCGACAUCCUGGACGUUCAUCUGGAGUCCGGGGAGAUCCUGUCCAGAUGGAGCGUACCCGCCCCUCUACGAUGGUUCUUGAGAAGUCACGACGACGUUAACGAGCAACGCGCCUGGGCUAAUCGCAUGGCUCGUCGGGCUGGCGGCUCGGUCGAUCCCCUUACUACCAUGGAAGAUUGGGAAUGGCUUCUCGAAGACAUGUUGAAGCUGACAGAGUCUAACGAAUCCGGGCUGCGUGGGGCAUUCGGGUUGCUGGCGAGAGACGAGGUCUUAUCAAUCUACUUCAGCGGUUUACUUAGCACAGGGAAAUUCGAUAUUGCCAAGGCCAUGUUGCGGGGCUCGCACCCAAAAAUCAGUCUUUCCCCAGAAGUUGUUGAGGACAUCUGCCUGAAAUGCUCUCGCGAACUCUACGAUAACGCGAGCUCAGGAAACUACAAGAUUGGCGAUAUGAAGCUUGCAUACGACUGCCUCGACGUACCACCGUUGUCGGACCAGAUACAGCUCGAAAAAGAGUUCAUUGAAGCGACCUCUAGAAUUUGUUCCUUCAAUGUGAUAUCCCGCGCUGGCGUUCCGAUUUCACCUAUCGAAAUCCGCUUGACCAAGGACCGAUUGUCACUCGUUUCCCAAGUCCUCUCGAGUAAUAGCGAUGCGUACAAGCACACUGAAGUCAUGCUCGACCUUACCUACAAGCUCGGCUUCCGCGACGACGUAUCUGCCACAGUCAAGGUCCUCGCCAUGCUUGCAGAGACGGCACUUCAGAUGGAAGACUUCACACGCGCUUUCGAGUGUACUCAACGCAUGGUCGCCAUCAUCCACGACUUACAGACCACCCAAAGCCUUUUGUCAGACGACAGCAAACUACGGGAAGCAGUAGAGGUCUGUUGGAUCGCCUGCUUCCAGCUGGGCCGGCAACCGGAAUACCCUAGCCUCGACAACAAAAUGAAGUUACUUGGUCAGGCCUUGGACCUCUGUCCCACUGACAGGAUGCACGACGUCUUAACCGCAUGGAGGAGGAUGCAGAAGGAAGACAUUGAACGCCGAGAGGAGAGACUCAAUUCGCAACAGAGCGAUAUCAUCCAAACAGCGCGUCCCGCCGCUGGUACCAGCUUCAUUCCUCGUACUGUCGCUUCCUCCUUACGCGCCCGCCUUCACGACCUCCAUAUGCCUUCACCACCGCUACUCAGCACCCCCGAUGCCGCAGCUUUGGCAACCAAAACCUUCAAAACUGUCGCUUCCAAUUUCCCUUUUGCUCUCCAUCGCUCUCAUUCAGCGGCAUCGGAUGAUAGGAGCGCGGGACGCAGUGAAGCUUCUUGGCGUGAUGUUGAGGUAUCUUCGCAGGCAUCAAGAGCGCUGUCUAAAGGCAUCGGUUGGUUGAUUGGAGCAGACGACGAGUAGACAGCACCCGACGUGUCGUAGGAUUCACGAUAUAUAUGCAAUUCAUCAUACUACUACGUGUUGUACAGUAAAAGGAGUG